GUCCUAGCUCUAAGGGAGAGGGAGGGAACUCGAGGACUUGGAUACCUCGCCUACGGUCCUUCUAUAAAUCCACUAUCGCCCGCAUCGACCCUCUUUCCCAAAUCCACAGCGCCGACCGACGGAAAAACUCCAAAUCCGGCCGCUCCACCCAGGUUCAUCUCCUCUCUUUGCUUCUCCGCUUCCCUCCUCCUCUCCCCAUCGUAAUCCACCAACGCGAAACCCUAAUUUCCCCUAAUUCCGACUCAGUCGAUCCCCAUCUCUCUCUCGACGCCUAGAGUCUCCCCUCGAAGAUCAGAUCGAAAUCGCAUAGUGGACGAAAGGACCCUCCUUUCGAUCGAUUUCUCGCUGAAUUCCCCCCUCCUAAAAGUUAGUGUUUUUUUCUUCCCCUCUCUAGGGUCUUGCUAGGAAGGGCCGAUCCAUGGCGGAUCGGGGUGCUGCGGUCGGGAAAACCUUAUGGAUGAAGCAGGCAGAGGAGGCCAAGCUCAAGAGCGAGGCCGAGAAGGCUGCCGCUGCCAAGGCCGCGUUCGAGGCCACCUUCAAGGACGUUGACAAGCCCAAGGAGAAGGACGAUUCCUCCGACAGCGACGGGGACGAGGGCGAGGACCUCGCCAGCAAGCCCCUCGGCCCCGUCGACCCCUCCAAGUGCUCUGCCGCCGGCGCCGGCAUCGCUGGAGGCACCGCCUGCGCCCCCUCUACCUUCACCGUGGUCACCAAGGACUCCGACGGCAGGAAGAUCCCCUCUGGUGGCGCCCAGCUGAAGGUGAAAAUCUCUCCUGGCGUUGGGGUCGGCGGGUCCGAUCAGGAGGGAAUCGUUAAGGAUCAAGGGGACGGGACGUAUACUGUGACCUACGUUGUGCCCAAGCGCGGGAACUACAUGGUCCAUGUGUCAACCAGACAAUGCCCAACAUGCCCAAUUACUCAGGGUCUGUAUCUGGGGCAUUUCCAGGGCUUCUUGGGAUGAUUCCUGGUGUCAUCCCGGGUGCCGCUGGUGGAGUGGUGUUGCAAGGAAUGGGAGCUUCACUGGGAGAGAUCUGUCGGGAGUACUUGUAUGGUCGAUGCAGUAAGACGGAUUGCAGGUUCAACCACCCACCGCAAAAUUUGUUAAUGUCAGCACUGGCUGCGACAACCACGAUGGGAACCUUAAGUCAGGCACCGAUGGCCCCAUCAGCAGCUGCGAUGGCUGCUGCUCAGGCAAUAGUUGCUGCAAAGGCCCUUCAGGCACAUGCGGCCCAAAUGCAAGCCCAGUCGUCUGGAGAUACAUCUGGCUCACCGGACAAGACUGCAAAGGCUGAUGCUCUGAAGAAAACCCUGCAAGUCAGCAAUCUUAGCCCCCUUCUUACUGUGGAUCAACUUAAACAACUAUUUGGUUAUUGUGGUACUGUUGUUGAUUGUACCAUCACAGAUUCAAAACAUUUUGCUUAUAUAGAAUACUCUAAGCCAGAAGAAGCAGCUGCGGCUUUGGCACUGAACAACAUGGAUGUUGGUGGCCGUCCAUUGAAUGUUGAAAUGGCAAAGUCCCUACCUUCCAAAUCUGCUCCUGUCAACCCGUCAUUACCAUUAAUGAUGCAGCAAGCAGUUGCUAUGCAGCAAAUGCAAUUUCAACAGGCAUUGUUGAUGCAACAAACAAUAGCCUCUCAGCAGGCUGCUGCUCGAGCAGCAACAAUGAAAUCUGCAACAGAGAUGGCAUCAGCCAGAGCUGCUGAAAUAAGCAAAAAAUUGAAAGCAGAGGGUUUAGGUGGUGAGGAUAAGGUGGUUAACAGAAAAUCCAGGUCGCCAUCUUCAUCUCGCCAAAGAUCCAAAUCUCGGUCAGGGUCACCUAUUAAGUAUCGCAAAAGCAGGCGGUCUCGCUCUUUUUCGCCAAUAAGAUACUCCCGAGAUCGAAGAUCAAGAUCACCAAUAAGAUCGCACCAUUCAUAUCAUGGCACUGAAAGAGCAUAUAGAGAUGAUCGGGACACCUAUAGCAGGAGUGGAAGGCAAGAAAGAUCUCGUGAUCUUUAUUCCUCUCAUUCAAGAAGACAUCGAAGUAGGAGCUCAAGUCCUAGAUUGAGAAAAUCAUCUCGAGCUAGUUCAACAUCACCAAAGAAUCGCAGAGAAAGUUCAAGUCCCAGAACAAAGAGAUCAUCUCGAGCUGGUUCAAGGUCACCAAGGCAUCACAGAGGAAGCAGAUCAUCUCCUGUACGUGACCAUCGGUCCUCUCGCCGCAGUAGGCACUCCAGAUCAAGAUCAGCAGAGAGAAGGCAUCAUUAUGAAAAAGAAGAUACAAAAAGAUCAGAAAGGAGAAAGGAGGAUGGUAAAAGAUCUGAUGGAGGUAAUGCAUCUAGUAAAGAUGUAAAAGACACAAGGGAACGAAAGGAAGUUAAGACUGAUUAUUCUGCAGUUAGUCAUAAGAGGGGCUCUUUAUUAAAUGAGGAUGAAGCCUUCAAGAAUGAAAAAAGUAUUGGCAAACAUAAAAAGUCUAAAUUGGAUGAUGAAAGUUCCAAGAAAACUGAUGAUCAAAAUCUCAUUGUGGAAGACUUUAAGAUGAGUGACGAUAAGAGGUUUUCUUCCACAACAUCAAAAUCACAUAGAAGUUCCACAAAUGAUGAUGAUAAUCAUGCUGAAAAUCAAGAUUUCAGCAGGCAUGAGAAGUCAGGAACAAGCUAUAAGAAACAUGGCAGAAGUGAAUCUGCUUCUAGGGGAAGGGGAUCUGCAACUGGAGAAUCUAAACACUUGAGGGAUGACAGGGCUUCACAUCAUUCAAGUUUGAGAUCUCACAGAAGUUCACGGCAGUCAGGAGAAAAAUCCUCUAGGGAUAAACUAGAUAAGCACAAACUGGAGAAACCAAAAGACCAGUAUGAAAAGCCUCAGGAAAAAUAUGAUGUCAUCAAACAGUCAGAAACUGCAGAUAGAAGGCCGGAAAACAUCAAGGGUUCUCCAGAAGUGAAGCUUUAUUCUACUGAGGGUGGAGUACAAAAUGAAUCAGAGGAUCCUAUGAUAGAUAAAAUGUGUGAACAGGAUAAUAGGCAUUUGGAGAGCAGUGACUCUAUGGUCAACAAACAAGAUCAUAUUGAUUGGAGUUUUGAUGGACUGAAGGAAGAUUGUAGUGUUGAUAAUUUGAAGACCUACAAGACAAGUCCAGCAUCAACGGAGCAUGGAAAACUUAUAAUAGGCACAAAGGAUGAUAGUGAAAUUGAAAACUCAGAGAGGGAGUCAGGGAUGUUGGAAACUUAUGAUUCUGUUGAGAAUAAAGGACAUCAUCAACCAAAUGCUGCUGAUAUGAUGAUCAAGUAUCAGGAUGAUAAUGCCAAUGGAUCAAUAUACCUUGAAAAUGAUACUCCAUCUGGGAAAGCAGAUCCAAACAUCAAGAAAAUGGAAUGCAUUAACUAUGAAUUUGCAGGACCGAGAAAAGAUGGCCCUACUGCCUAUAUCUCAGUAUUGAGCACUCGCAACAUGAGUCCCGAAAAUUCAAAUGUGGGUUCAAAUAAGUUUGUAGACUUAACUAAUCAAGAGCAUAUCAAACAUGAUUCGGUUGACAUAGAAGAAAAUUUGCUACCAAAAGUUGUUCCUGAGCAUAAUUUUGUUGACUCUGAGUUAGAAGGAUCACAUAAAAAUGAAAUUGGUGGGUACUUCUCAAAGUUUGUUGCUCAUGAGAGUUCUAUAGUGCAGGGCUCUUGUCGUGUGGAUGGAGCUUAUGCUGAAGAUAUUCCAGAAUCCUUGGCCAAGAUGACUGCUCAAUCUCCUUCAUUGGAUGAUUCAACAAAUUUAACAUCACAAAGUUGAGGAUGUGUUUUGUGGAAGACAGCUCAAGUUACCAUGAGACAGCUCUACCAUGAUAUAUCAAAAUCCACUAUAGGAAGCCUAAAGGACGAAGAAUUCAACUUUCGAAGCGAAGUUUUUUCUUUUAUUCUAUUAAGAAUUAUUCUCCUGGUAAGCUGAUAUUGAUGCAAUGUUUAGUGCUUCAAUCUGCACAUGUUUGCCCUUGCAGGUCGGUGAAGACCUUGAACAUUUCUUGGAGCAUAUUGGAGCUGGUCGAAGUACAAUCAAGAUAUGCUUGUUUCCUGUCUGCAGUAAUGGUUUUAUAUUGUUGGACGACUGUAUUGAAUUUGUUCCAGUGCACAUUACAUGAUAAUUAGCAUAACCUGGGAUUUUCUGCUGUAGACUUAUUGAAUGUUAGGCGGUGGAUGGAUGAAGCAUUACUUUUGAGGCUGCUGUAUUAAAAAGUCCAAUGUAAGUGAUCAGCAUGAAUUAAUUGUUGGUUGUCUGAGCAAUCACAUCCUUGAGGGUUGGUAUAACAUCCGCCUGGACUGCUCAAUUUGUAUCUCAAGAUGUAACUGCAUAUGAUAAGCCUCCUUUCCGACCCCUUCGUUUUGCUUCAUAUUUUGUUGGUUGGCUGGGUAAAAGGGUGGCUUUAUAGUAAGCCAUUCUAAAAUUUGCACUAAUCUUCUCAUAUAGCUGCAACAGUAUAAUGGUUGCUGUCAUAUCAAAAACAUGUGCAGGUGUUCAAGUCGAUUACCAUUGGAGCAUUUCUCAGAACAAGUUGUCUAAGUUUUGCCUCUAGUGCAGGAAAGGAUCUGCUUCACUUGGAUAGAGAGGGUAAGAUGCAGAUAUGUCGACAAUUCAUCUCCAGAUAGUUCCUAAAAAUUGCUCGGCAGUCAACAAUCCUUGAUGUGUGCUACAUUGUUCCAAAAGCAAUGCUUGCUCUUCUGGCUAUUUUUUCAUUUGUUUGCACAGGGUUAUUUCAUGGAUGGGUAGGAUUGAGCAUAUCAUUAGUAUGCAGGCAAAGAUUUAUGUAUCCUUCCAGCUGUUCAGUGACAGCCAGUGUUUGAAUGGUGGCAGAAGUUGCUUUCUCGUAUCGUUUUUCUGUGAAUAGUCUUUUUUUGCUCAAA